AUGUCGAUCCACGGCGAUGAUUACGUAAUCUUCAAAGAUGAUGACGUAAUCACUGACGUGUCGUCGUCAACCACAAGUCUCAGAGCUGGAUCGGGUCACUUCCCAUCAAUCAACCCCUUGUUCGCAGAAGCCAACUGUCACUUCACCACAAUCGUCCCCUGA